UAAACUGCUUCUUGGUCUUCUUGGUUCUGCAAACGCUAAACAGCAACUUGAUGGUGCUGCAGCUCUGUACAAGUUAUCCAACAAAGCUACGACACUUUCUCCUAUGGAUGCAGCUCCCCCUUCUCCAACACCACAAGUCUAUUUGGGGGAGCAAUACGUGAACAACGCCACCUUAUCCGAUGUUACCUUCCUAGUUGAAGGUAGACGAUUCUAUGCUCACAGAAUCUGCCUUCUUGCUUCUUCAGAUGCAUUUCGUGCUAUGUUUGAUGGUGGUUAUCGGGAAAAAGAUGCAAGGGAUAUUGAAAUUCCGAACAUUAAGUGGGAGGUUUUCAAGUUGAUGAUGAGAUUCAUAUAUACUGGAUCUGUAGAUGUUACAUUGGAUAUCGCACAAGAUCUGCUCAGAGCAGCUGAUCAAUAUCUUUUGGAGGGGCUUAAGCGACUUUGCGAAUAUACCAUUGCACAGGAUAUAUUGCUUGAAAAUGUUUUUGGCAUGUAUGAGCUGUCUGAAGCUUUUCAUGCCAUAUCGUUGAGGCACACUUGCAUCUUAUUUAUCUCGGAACAUUUCGAUGAAUUGAGUGCAAGACCUGGGAACUUUCAUCUAGUCCAGCGGAUAGUUCCCCAGAUCCGUGAUUACUUUGCUAAAGCACUUACAAGACCUAACACGCAUAAACUGCGGCUAUAGAAGGCCGGUCUCUUUUAACUCCUGAUCUCUAACCAGGUAUGUUGCACAGAAAGUAGCAGAUCUUAUCGAUUUGGAGCCCGAUUGAUUACUCGUGGCGUGGCUCAUAAUCAUUUUCAUGUAGAGCAAAAAGUAUUAGUUUCUUCUUUGAUUCGUUGUCUGUAGAUGUUUGGAGUCGUGUUGGGUAGUAGAUA